CAGGGAAAGUGGCGCCCCGCAGUCGCGGCCAGGCUUUCGGUUCCACCCGCUCCGGCCGGGCCUCCGCCUACUCCAACCGCGGCUACCCCGCCCCCCGCCAGUCCCGGGUCCCCGCCCGAGCGGUCGCAGGUCGCCGGCAUGCCGGGUGGCAGCGACAGGGACGGCGGCCUGGGACGCGCCGUGUGCGUGCUGACCGGGGCCUCCCGUGGCUUCGGCCGGGCCUUGGCCCCGCUCCUGGCCCGGCUGCUGUCGCCCGGCUCCGUGCUGGUCCUAAGCGCCCGCAACGACGAGGCGCUGCGGCCGCUGGAGGCGGAGCUGGACGCCGGGCAGCCCGGCCUGCGCGUGGUGCGGGUGCCCGCCGACCUGGGCCUCGAGGCCGGUUUGCAGCAGCUGCUCGGCACCCUGCGCGAGCUCCCCAGGCCCGAGGGCUUGCAGCGGGUGCUGCUCAUCAACAAUGCGGGCACUCUUGGGGACGUGUCCAAAGGCUUCGUGGACCUGGCCGACCCAGCUGAAGUGAACAACUACUGGGCUCUCAACUUGACCUCCAUGCUCUGCCUGACUUCUAGCAUCCUGAAGGCCUUUCCAGACAGUCCUGGCCUCAGCAGGACCGUGGUUAACAUCUCAUCCCUCUGUGCUCUGCAGCCCUUUAAGGGCUGGGGAUUGUACUGUGCCGGGAAGGCUGCCCGUGACAUGCUGUUCCAGGUUCUAGCCGCAGAGGAACCUAGUGUCAGGGUGCUGAGCUAUGCCCCAGGUCCCCUGGACACAGACAUGCAGCAGUUGGCCCGGGAGACCUCGAUGGACCCAGACUUACGAAAAAGGCUGCAGGACCUGAAGACAAAAGGGGAGCUUGUGGAUUGUAAGAUGUCAGCCCAGAAACUGCUAAGCUUGGUGCAAAAGGACACGUUCAAGUCUGGGGCCCAUGUUGACUUCUACGAUAAUUAAGCCAGUGUCCUUGGCUUUCUGGGGCUUUCUUCGUGUCCUUAAUUCUGAUGCCUCCUCCCUCCAGAACCUGCCAUCUGUCCCCCAGAUUGGGGGGGGGGGGAAGGGGCCCCUGAGAGUUUAUGUACAAAU